CUAAGUUAAAUACUUUCUUUGGCGAGUUUCUUCAUAUCACAGUGUGAGCAAACUAGCAGAAUGGGGAAAAUGAAAUCAAGUCUUGCUUUAUGUCUUUGGAUAUGCUUCACCGUUUAUGUUUCUACAUCAAAUGGAUGCUCUGAGAUCCCGGUGGUAGAGAAUGCAGAAGUUGCUGAAAGCGCCAGAAAAACCCAGUACUCUCAGGGUGAUACACUUGAAUACAAUUGCAGACCUGGCUAUGCCUCUCUGAUAAAAAUCAUCUACAAGUGCAACAAUGAUACAUGGGGAAAAUGGCGUGGUGAAAAAUGUUCACUCAAACGCUGCGAAUCACCUCAAGAUCUUCCAAAUGGUCGUUACAUUGUUAAAAGUGGCAGGGGUUUUGUUUUUGGAACGGUCAUCCAGUAUAUCUGCAAUGAAGGCUACCAGAUGAUGAGUCGAUUUGACACCAGAACAUGUCGGGAUGGUGGAUGGGACAAUCAAUUACCUGCAUGUGAUGAGAUAAGUUGUGAACGAAAAGAGGCAGAGGGAAACCUUAGAGUGGAGGGACUCCCAGACAACCCUGAGGACUUGAUCCGAUACGGACACAGGUUGACAUUUUCAUGUGAGGGUUUAGGACUGAGUUUACAUGGAAAGAAAGUGAUCACCUGUCAGUUAAAUGGAGAAUGGAGCGACCCAUUUCCUAAAUGUGUCGCUAAAGAUGUUAUUUGUAAGGAGGAACCACUCAUCAAUGUUGCCAUUUUAAUUGGACAUCCAGUUAUUGCUCCACCUUAUAACCCUGGACACGUGUUAGUUUUUGAUUGCACUGAUGAGAAAAUGGAGAUGCAAGGACAUCGAGCAAUUGAGUGUUUGUCCAGUGGAAAAUGGGAUCACCCGUAUCCAAAAUGUAAAGAAACUCCCUGUAAGGAUGAAAAAACGAUCGAUGUUGAAAUUUUAACUCAACAUCCACGUACUGCUUCACAAUAUAAACCUGGACAUGUUUUAGUUUUCCAAUGCACUGAUGAGAACAAGAAGAUUCAAGGACAACGAGCAAUUAAAUGCCUGUCAAAUGGAGAAUGGGAUCACCCAUACCCACAAUGUGAAGAGAUUAGAUGUGAAAUUCCACAUAACCAGAAUGUGUUCAAACCAUCUGAUAACUUCUUCGGAGAUAUGAAACUGGGAUCGAAACAAAUUUACUCUUGCGAGGCUGGGUAUGAGAAAAUGGCAGAAGAGGCCACAUGUACACGAGACGGAUGGACACCAAAACCACUGUGUGCAAAGAAUACAUGUGAAAUUCCACGUGGCCAGCAUGUGAAUAGACCAUACGAAUACUUCAGUGAAGAAUUAAAACGAGGAUCAAAACACAUUUACUCUUGUGAGUCUGGGUAUGAGAAAAUGGCAGAAGAGGCUACAUGUACACGAGACGGAUGGACACCAAACCCACUGUGUGCUAAGAGUACAUGUGAAGUUCCACUCGACCAGCAUGUGUUUAAAGCACAAGAAAACUUCAGAGGAGAAAUAACAAUGGGAUCAAAACACAUUUACUCUUGUGAGUUUGGGUAUGAAAAAAUGGCAGAAGAGGCCACAUGUACACGAGACGGAUGGACACCAAACCCACUGUGUGCUAAGAGUAAAUGUGAAGUUCCACUCGGCCAGCAUGUGUUUAGACCAUCUGAUUACUUCAGAGGAGAAAUGAAAUUUGAAGCAAGAAGAUCUUACCAUUGUGAGUCUGGGUAUGAGAAAAUGGCAGAAGAGGCUACAUGUACACGAGACGGAUGGACACCAAACCCACUGUGUGCUAAUAUUAGAUGUAAAGUUCCACUUGACCAGCAUGUGUUAAGUCCAUCUGAUUACUUCAGAGAAGAAAUGAAAAUAGCAGGAAGAAAAACUUAUUAUUGUGAGGCUGGGUUUGUGAAAAUGGCACAACAGGCCGUAUGUACACGAGACGGAUGGACACCAAACCCACUGUGUGCUGAUAUUAGAUGUAAAGAACCACUUGACCAGCAUGUGUUAAGUCCAUCUGAUUACUUCAGAGAAGAAAUGAAAACAGGAGGAAGAAAAACUUACCUUUGUGAGGCUGGGUUUGUGAAAAUGGCAGAACAGGCCGUAUGUACACGAGACGGAUGGACACCAAACCCACUGUGCGCUGUGAUGACAGGCUCAAGGAGAUGUGGGUCACCUCCAAAAGUGAACAAUGCAGAUACAGUACAAAUGACAAAAAAUGAAUACAGUACAGGAGAGAGAGUUGAAUACAGCUGCUUUAAUAAAUACACACUGGAUCAGCAACACCCUUACACCAGAUCCCUGACCUGUCAGCAAGGCCAAUGGACUGGGAUUAUUAAGUGUUUAAAGCCCUGUACAGUGACAAAGGAGAUAAUGGAUGAAAGAGGGAUAGAUUUGGCCUAUAGUAAUCAACAAAAGGUUUUUGCAGAACAUAAUGAUCACAUCACCUUUGAUUGUCUGCCGGGAAAAUCUUCACUAGGUAUUAAGUUCAGACAAAAGUGUAAUGAUGGAGAAAUUAUUUUACCUCUGUGUGUGUGACAGUGGAAAUAUUAAGCAAUAUUAUCAAGCAAUAACAAAAGGAGCAGAUAAAAUAUAAUGUAAAAAAGAAAAAAGAAAAAAAAAAUUUAUAUAUAACUGAUAUUUUCUGCAUAUUAUAUUUAUAUAUAUAUUGCAAGUCAGUGAAGGUGAAAAUAGGUUUAUAGGUUCUCAAACUCUUAACAGUCUUAAAAAACACAAUUAUAGACACAUAAAUGUGCACUAAAGACACCAGUGCAUUGUUUAAUAAAAUGUGCAUUCAACUUUUUAUUUAAUUAAAUAUAUUUAUUUAGUUGCUAUGGCGCACUAAAGACAAUAAUGUCAAUGUUCUGUUAAAAAAUAAAAUGUAAAGAGACCCAUGCUAAUUAUAAGAAUAUCAUUAGAUCUCAUGACUAAUAUUAUAAGAAAUUUACCAAAACCUGACCCAUUUUAGGUGACUUCACCCUAUGAUGAACAGGAUUUAUAUGAGACAAAGCAAUAAAACAUAUAUAAUGGACCUUUUAAUAUUUACAUGAAAUAAGCUGUAUUGGUAUGUUUUCUGUGCUAAUUUUAUUAUCUUUUGCAUCUAUCAUCUUUUAAAAGAACAAACUGGAAUGCCAUGCCAUAUGAAAUGUUCUGUAAUUUCAGAGCUGACAUGUAACAUAUAUAAAGGUGUAUCAAUGCACAUUUUCUGCAGCGCCAUUUUCAUAUUUACACUAUUCAAUUAUUUAAUUUUGUUUAAAAGGUGGCAGCGUAAAAAAAAGUACAGAUCUAAACUGUGUCUAGCUAUGUGGGGAUAUUUGAGGGUAGCUUGCAUGGUGUGAUGUUUUAUGAACACAUGUUUGCAAGUGCUGUGUUUUACUUGGGUUAUUUUGUAUCUUUUACAACAUGACCAAAGUGAGUCUUUUACCACAGUA